AUGGUGCUAAUCCAAGAAGAAAUAGAUCCGGCUUAUGUUCAAUUGUCUGAUACAGAAAACGAGGAAAUUGAUACUACUGCGACAGCAGAAGAUGAAACUAUAAAUUAUGAAGAUCUAAAGAAGCGCAUAUGGAAAGACCGUAUCCUUCUCCAGAAGAUGAAGGAGAAACUUAACAUGGACGAAUCUGAAAACAAAGAAGCCAAACAAGAAGCGUCCAGGAAAAAAAAGAUGUCUAGAGCACAAGACUCUAUCCUCAAAUACAUGGUCAAGAUCAUGGAGGUUUGCAAAGCUCGUGGAUUUGUCUAUGGCAUCAUCCCCGAAAAAGGUAAACCAGUUACUGGCAGCUCGGAUAGUUUGCGAGAAUGGUGGAAAGAAGAUAUUAGAUUUGACCAAACUGCUCCUACAGCAAUUGCAAAGUAUUUACCGUUACUUGAAAAAGGAGAGUUAGAUAAGUCGUCAAGCAUACACCUUCUCCAAAAUCUUCAAGACACAACACUAGGAUCUCUUCUUUCAUCACUGAUGCAACACUGUGUGCCGCCACAAAGGAGGUACCCUUUGGAUAAAGGCGUGGCCCCGCCGUGGUGGCCUAAUGGGUCAGAGGCAUGGUGGGGUGAACAGGGCUUUUUGGCUCAAAAACACGGACCACCACCGUACAAGAAACCCCAUGAUUUGAAGAAGGCAUGGAAGGUUUCGGUUUUGGCUUCAGUUAUAAAGCACAUGUCUCCUGACUUAGAGAAAUUGAGAAGGCUUGUGACUCAAUCAAGGACCUUGCAAGAUAGGAUGACUGCCAAAGACAGUGCUACUUGGUCCAAAGUUGUGAACAAAGAAGAAGCUUUGGUGAGACUUACAAACAAGUGUCUUAAGAUUUCCCCUUCGUCCAACGACGAGGAGAACAAUAAGGAAGACAAUGAAGGAGAAAUCGAAGUCUUUGAGUCAUCCCCAAUAAGCUCUAUUAAUAAUUCUCUUCAUCAUGUUCUGUUUGGUGGUGGCGGUGGCAGUAGCAGCAACGGAGGCAGUGAAAAAAGAAAGUAUGAUUUUGAUAGUAAUAAUAAUGGUAACAACAACAAUAAUGGUAACAAGAAUUCAAGGAUGGACCACGAGUCAAUGUGCGGUUUUCGCGGUGCUACUCUCAAUCAUCAGGAAAGUAACAUCAGCAAUGAGAAUUCAAAGGCUUUUCAUGAUUAUCUGUCGAGCGAGGAGAGGAUGACAAGUGUUGGAAAUUGGAUGAAUAUGGAGGUAGCUAAGGCCAAUGACAACAAUAACGAUAAUAAUAAAUUUGGUGACACUGAUUUUGGUGAUAUUGAUAUUAUGAAUGGGAUGGAAGAGAUUGCAGGUGAAGCUUUUGGUGAAGACAAUUUAGGAUUGUGGCUGAAUGACAUUGAAGGUUGUGAGUUGCUUGCGGCAUUGGAGAUGGUUAAAGCAAAUAGCGUGAUAGAUUCCACUCAUCCGAAUAAUAACACACCGUAA